AUCCAGGCAGCAGCGCGGAUGACUCUGAACUUAACAAAAAACUUUGCUGAUCGAAGGGUUACAGCAUCCGGAGAGAAACGGCAAUAAAGUAACACGACUUUGCUGUUAGAUCACAGUUUGAGUUAGAUACAUAGUUUGGAGUGACGCGUGUAAUGGUUUUAUGUAAAAAUAACUGCGGUUUGAAGAAGUGUAGACGGGACUAGCUGUCUCGGCGGAGUUGUACUAAUUUCACUACCGGUGCACAGUUCAACGCUGAGCUCGAUCCAGGCACACAGUGCGCUAAAACUGCAGCGUUCAACUCCGGGAUGCUACUGUGUCACUUUAAUAAACAACUACUAUUUCUUUUUUUCGCUAAACUAAACCUGUUCGCCAUCAUUUCUAGUUGGGUCGUGUGAAGAGCAGCUGUUCUUGUUGGGUUUAUUUUUUGUUUAUAUUUUUCUGGCCCAAGCGUCGGACUUCUCGACACAGUGGAAGGACUUUACUGAACUCAGAAAGAUGUCAAUUCUGCCUUUCACUCCCCCCAUUGUCAAAAGACUUCUGGGCUGGAAAAAGGGAGAGCAGAACGGCCAGGAGGAGAAAUGGUGUGAAAAAGCGGUGAAAAGUCUGGUGAAGAAGCUGAAGAAGACGGGACAACUGGACGAGCUGGAGAAAGCCAUCACCACCCAGAAUAUCAACACCAAAUGCAUCACCAUACCGAGGUCUCUGGAUGGCCGUCUGCAGGUUUCCCACAGAAAAGGUCUGCCCCACGUUAUUUACUGUCGUCUAUGGCGCUGGCCCGACCUGCAGUCCCACCAUGAGCUGCGGGCGGUCGAGCUGUGCGAGUACGCCUUCCACACGAAGAAGGACGAGGUGUGCGUCAACCCCUACCACUACCAGAGGGUGGAGACGCCAGUACUCCCUCCAGUGCUGGUGCCCAGACACACAGAAAUCCCCAGUGAGUUCCCGCCUCUGGAUGACUACAGCCACUCAAUCCCAGAAAACACCAACUUCCCUGCUGGCAUUGAGCCCCAGAGCAACUACAUACCAGAAACGCCACCACCAGGCUACCUCAGUGAGGAUGGAGAGACCAGCGAUCACCAGAUGACCCAUAGCAUGGACACAGGCUCCCCAAACCUGUCGCCGAACCCUGUUUCACCCACACACAGCAACUUAGACCUUCAGCCAGUGACAUAUUGCGAGCCGGCUUUUUGGUGCUCUAUUUCCUACUACGAGUUGAACCAGCGGGUAGGAGAGACCUUCCACGCCUCACAGCCCUCGCUGACAGUGGACGGCUUCACAGAUCCCUCCAACUCAGAGCGUUUCUGCCUGGGCUUGUUGUCCAACGUCAACCGCAACGCAGCUGUGGAGUUAACACGCAGACACAUCGGCCGCGGUGUGCGACUCUACUACAUCGGAGGAGAAGUGUUCGCCGAGUGUCUCAGUGACAGCGCUAUCUUUGUCCAGAGCCCCAAUUGUAACCAGCGCUACGGCUGGCACCCCGCCACCGUCUGCAAGAUCCCUCCAGGCUGCAACUUAAAGAUCUUCAACAACCAGGAGUUUGCUGCCCUUCUGGCCCAGUCAGUCAACCAAGGGUUUGAAGCUGUGUACCAACUCACCAGGAUGUGCACCAUCCGCAUGAGCUUCGUCAAGGGCUGGGGAGCCGAGUACAGGCGACAGACGGUGACCAGCACCCCCUGCUGGAUCGAGCUGCACCUGAACGGCCCCCUGCAGUGGCUCGACAAGGUGCUCACACAAAUGGGCUCCCCCAGCAUCCGCUGCUCCAGCGUCUCCUAGGGAAACCCUUCAUCCACCCACAUCCUGUACACCACAUCUUCUGUCAGUGACUAAAAACACAGACUGCACGCAGACAACAACGGUUACACAAGUACAGAAAGAUGAUGAGCCCCCCCCCUCUUUCAGCCGAUCAUUAAACUAUUACUUUGUCCUUCUUCCCCACCAGCUGUCAGUAGCACUUUUUAUAUACAUGUUGUUUGUGGCAAAAGGGGACAAGUGCAUUAAUGCAGUACCAUGUUAGUAUGAUCUCCACUUUUUGUCCAUAAUUAUUUUGAUGGAAAUUUUUAUCUUUGAUAUGUUUGGCAACCACAGUAAGUGCCAGAACGGCUGUAGCAACGAGAGGAGAGUUUUUUUCAAUUAAGAGAUUGUUAUUUUCUUCAUUAUUUUGUUAAAAAGAAAACCCAUUUUUCAUCAUUUUCAUGUUUUUUGUACACGUUCAAGUGAGCAAUUACAUUUUUAAAAAAUGAAUUUAAUUUUUUAAGCAUUAAUAACAAUUUUGUAAAACGUGUAAGAUCAUGUUAAAUGCAUUUCACUUGACUUUGUUUCUGUAUUUGGGCAUUUGAUGGUUUAUGAAGACAUUUACAAAUGUGACCCAAUGAAAUGGAUUGAAAACAUAAUUUCAUGAAAAAUGUUCAACCAGCCUUUGUAAACACUGUGUGAAGGAAUAUACUGUAAGCCUAGUUAAAAAUACUGGUUUAGGGUUUCAUACUGUAAUCUUACACCACCUUUGUUACAACAUGGUGUUUUACUGCAUGUUGUCUUUUAGAGGGAAACAAAUUAUAAAGAAAGGAGUCAGUUAGUCUUCAAAUUAAACUUUCGCCCCAUCUGAGAGCUGUAAACUGUGCACAGAGCAGAGUUAACAGCAGCUGAGUCUCUUCCAGUUAUCAUAUGUUUUACAGCUUGUCAGCUUUUUGUAUAAUUACUAAAAUGAUCGGUGGUCAUUCCCCCUUUUUAGAUGUGCUCCGUCUUGUUGUAAUCAGUCCAGAUGUCCUGCCUGUCUGACACUGUGUUUAGACAGUAGAUUCAACUCACUGACGAGCCGUCUGAUGCGUCAGAGUAGAGCAGAAAGGAGUUACAAAUAUUAAAAGUCAUAUAUUAGUACUUAAAGACAGCGGCAUACAUCAAAUGCACUUUUGUUAAGUAAUAUUCUAGUGAUGUUGAAAAAGUAAAUUCAACCACAGUUAGUCUGCUACUCAGAAUAAAAUCUUAUCCUGCACAUGUACCGGAAAGCUUUGCCAAAUUGCAAAAUACUUUUGUCAACAAUGUGUUGUGUAACAGGUAGCAUAUACACAUCUCACGCUAUUCUGCACAUUUCCACAAAAUAACAAACUGAGGACACAACGUACAGAAGUUAGUAUACUUGUGUCUGAUAUGAGCACUCUACCGAAGGCUUUGAAGUGGAAAGAGAGCAGGAAAAUACCCGUGCUAUUUUAAUUUUCUCUCUCAGCAGCCCAUAACAUUGGUCUUUUUUCAGCCAUCAGUGAUAUCGACUUUUUUGCACACUCAGGACUGUAAAAAAAAAACACACAACUGAAUUAUGUACAGAAUCCAGUGAAAAGGACAGAUGCAUGACUCUUGAGACUUUAAAGUGUAUUUUGCUACCAAUUAUUUUUGUAGGAAAAUAAGGUGAUAAUGUUUUUUGAUUUAUUUUGUUGCGCCAAGUGUUUUUGCAUGACAAGACAGAAAUACUGCUGGCAGGUUUGUGGAUUAACAACCUUGUAUUUUUCUACCUGUGAAGACGAGGCAGUUUCAGUACAAAGCACAGCUUCUUACAAAGGGAAAUGUUUAGAUAGAUAGAGGCCUGUAAAUAACAGUAGCUCCUCAGAAUCUCAUGUCCCUAUGUUUUUAGGUUAAUGUACAUGUAGUUUAUACAUGUGUUAUUAUGUGACCAUUAACCUUUAUAAUGUUGAUGGUUUUGCCAGCAGGAAAAGUAAAAAAAAUAAGGUGUGUUUAAAUUGGGGAAGAGCUAUUGCAGAAAUAGAGAAGCAGAGUCUUAGCUUUGGUCCCGUUUCCUUUCAGUCACCUGCUGUGGUGGAGGUGGUCCGAUUUCCUUCUGGCUCAAAAACACUAGACAAUGACACAGUGGGUGAACAUGAACAACAUUUGAAUCCUUUCACAGUACUUAUUUACAUUAACCCUGUGUUUGAUGUUAAUGCCAGUCCAGUGGUGCUAAUAUUUAACAUUGUUGGGACUCAUGAGAACUGCAAAGCCAUGUAAAUUUCACUCUUAAACUGGCAGGUUUUGAUGAUUCAAAUGAUGAUGACUUUUAAACCGUCAAACUAUGAUGUUGGAUUGUUUCAGAGACCGUAGCAUCUAUCAAUCUGAGACAACACAGCUCUGUGUAGAGCUUCUAGUGUUACCCAAUAGGGAAUAUUUUGCAAGCAAAUUUUUAUACACUCUUCAAGUAAUAGUGCUUGUGUGUAUUUUUUUCUCCCCCCUUGUUUAAAUUGUUCACUGUAAUCAUUAUUAGUUGUGAUUUAUGCUUUUGUGCUCCAAAUUGGUCUCUUUAGAUGUCAUGUAUAAAAUUAUAUCCUUUAUUUUUCUUUGCCUAUAAAAAGUUGAUGUGAUGCUUUAUAUUUUUGUUUAUUAUUGUUGGUGUAUGAAUAAAAUAAUAAUAAUAAAAAAGUGAUACUGGGGCUGCCAUGCCAAGUAAGAGGGAAACUGAUGCUGGGUAUAAUGAUACAUUUCAAACUACAUAUUUUAUUUCAGUUACUGCUCUGUUGUACAUCAAAGUUAUAGAAUAACAACAUUAGAAAUCACAAUUACAAAGUACUAACUUCAUUUUAUAGCUUGCCAAGUUUUGGUUGCAUGAAAUAUACUUAGAUGCACUUCUUACAUGCUCUGUCUGGAGACUUCUCAGGUUUUAGUCCUCUGUUUCCGUCUGUUGUUUGGGGAUUUCCUAGUCUGUGGCUGUCCUUUAGAAGCAGACAGAAACAGUAAUUACAGGCCCAAAGCAGACGCUGUUGUUUCUCCACUUAUUGCUACGUUACAAGCUAAUGCAGACCAUAACCAUCUCUGCUGUCACAGAGGCACAGCAGGGGUUUGAAUAUGAAGGCAGGCUUUGUUCUGAUGCCCUUAAGGUUCAACUUGUCAGGCACUUCAGAAACCACUUCACUGUGGUGACAAAUAGUUCGGGUGCAUGAGAAAAUCAAUUGUUGAAGUGAGGGGUCAGGCAGAACCUGAGCCAAGUGGAGUUUUUCUGCUAGUUCACUCUUUAAUAUAUGUGAAAUCUGAAUGCAUUUUAAAAGGCAGUUAAUGGACUAGGAAGAGUCUUCAUCUCACAUUUUAGCACAGUCUACACAAGACAGUUGCUGGACUCUUGAGUGCCUCCAUUGUGUGAUGACAUCAAAAGCCGAAGCAGCAACU